AUGGAGAACGUACCAAAUAUUGACCAUAUUGAUGUAAACACUGUGACCGAAGAAGUAACCAAAAUAUUUGGAAAAAACGGUAGAAGCAAAUUAAAAGCGUUAGUGAAGAAUGAAAAAGUUUAUUCAAACAUUGAUAAGUUGAAAGAAGAUAUGGAAAUAUUAGCUGACAAAUCAGCAUUUGAUGAACUGUUAACAUUUGAAAAAGCGUAUUUUGAAAAUUUCGAAUCUUUUAAUUCAAACCACCGUUCCGGACACAUGGUGUUGACUGGAUUCAAUACGAUGUACUCAAGGAGUAAUAUGGCGACUAUGAAAUCGGUGCAUAGCAUAAAAAAUGAUGAUAACGUUUAUCAAUACGAAGUACAACUUAAUUCUAAUGGGCCAAUGCGUAUAGGAUGGGCCACUCAAAAGUGUACGUUUACCGACGAACAGGGAGUAGGAGAAACAGAAAAUUCGUAUGGUUUCGAUGGUUAUCGGUUAGAAAAGUGGAGUAUGUCAAAUGCGACGAUAUACGGUCGAAAAUGGAGAGUCGGAAAUAUAAUCGGUUGCACUAUUGACUUAACACACAAGUCUAUGGAAUUUUUCAAUAAUGGUCAAUCACUUGGUGUAAUAUCCGAAGAGUUAUUAAACAAAGGUGACUUGACGUAUUUUCCUGCAUUAACUCUUUCCGAAGAAGAAAAUGUGACUGUUAAUUUGGGCGGAAGACCAUUUAAAUUUCCAGUGUUAAGAUCAAACCCUAUAAUCGAUAGUCCGAUAGUCUUAAUUAACUAUUUCAGACAACUUGAGAAAAACAUGAUCGCUUUAAUCGAUACCCAAAUCAGUUUAAAUAAAAUGAAUGUGAGUUCUAUACUUUCAUAUUCGAAAUUAUUUUUUAAACUCUAUAGUGACUUCAUAUUUUCAGACGAAGAAUAG